AUGGCUUCCCACUGCCAGAGGGGAGCUGCUGAGGAGCUGCAUGGUCCAUCCCUGGAUUCUCCAAGCACUGACUGCCCAUCCAGUCUGACCACAGCCAGGAGCCACAUCCCACUGCCUGCCCAGUGUCCAUCCAUGGAGGUGACCACCGUGUCUCCACCUCCUGCCUCACUCAUUGAAGGAGAUGAUCUGUGUGAGGCAGAUGUCACCACCGUGGCCAUACACAGUGUGACACUGCUCAUCUGCCUCUGUGGGCUGGCUGGGAAUGGGGCUGUCAUCGGCCUCCUCAGAGUGAAAAAUGGUAACUAUCGCAUCUUCAACCUGGCUGUUGCCGACUUCCUCUUCCUUCUCUUCACGGUCCCCUCGGCCCUUCUCUUCCUGGUGGAGGACGUGUCCUGCUCUCCUAUCAUGCCCCUGCUGUACCUGAAUUUCUUUUUCCAGUUGUCAGUGGUCUCCUACUACUGGGGGUUAUUCCAGCUGAUUCCCAUCAGCAAUGUGCAGUAUAUGUACAAGUUCUGCAAGCUCUGCUGCCACUGGGACCUGCCUGAGCGCCUGUGGUUGGUGGUGAAAAGUGUCCAAUACUGGGCCUUCUUUGCUCUCUUCACUGUCAUUCUCACGGUGACAUUCCUGUGCCCCUCAAAAGAGCAGAAGCACUGCUGGGCAGCUCUCAUCUCCAUGUACGCCGUCAUCCUGCUCCACUUUGCUGCACAAUUGACUUAAUUAAGGCCAAGUGGGGCUCCCAGCAGCAGCAGCCCCAGAGGCGUGACAUCGUUAUCCACAUCACUGCGUUCUUAACUCUCGUCCUCAGCUUCUGCCAUUUCCUGCAGCAGCUCGGUUAUAUUGUUGUGCCAUCCCAGUUUUUUUUCCUGCUCGCCAGCAUCAACAGCAGCAUCAAACCCUUUGUCUACUUCUUGGUGGGGAGUUGGAGGACAGAUAACUCCAUGGGGAGAUCCUGGAGGUCCAGCUCCAUGGCGAGCUGCGGGAAGCACUGCACAGUGGGGGCCCUCAGAGAUUCCCUCCAGAGGGUCUUUGAGAAGCAGAAAGAAAAAAAUUACCACAGCGAUGACGCUACCAGGGACACAGUGGUCUGAGCCUGCUGAUCCCUUCCACCACUUUGGUGAAGGACUUUAGCACAGAGGCUGAGGGUUUCCUUGAGUCACCUGAGAAAUAAAUAUCCACACGUAUCACUCUCCCUGUGGUGGUGAAUUCCUGCAGGAGCAUUGCCUUGGGUGAUUGUUGUGGGCUGCUCUGCAGGGAGCACAUUGGAGCAUGGCUUUCCUCCUCCCUCCUGGAUCCACAUGGCUCCAAGCAGUGCAGCUGGGCUCAGUGCUGUUCCCCAGCUCUAUUCCCCAUGGAAUGACCCUCAUGGCAUCGGCCCCAGGGACUGAACUCCAUCUCCUUUGGCUCAGCAGAUGAGUUUCAUGGUGUUUCCAUGGAUCUCUUCCCUGCACUGUAUCAUGUUUAAUCCCUGGGGACACACCCAGCACGGGGUGGCAGUGAUUUCCCAAAUCCCUGCGGGGCUGGUGCCUCUCGAUGGCAGGAGCGGGGCUGGGAUCACAAGGAGCAUCUGUCAUUUUUUUUGAAGUUUUUUUUAAGCUUUGGAGUUUUUCUAACGUGAGUACUGUGUUCAUGUUGAAAGCUGUAAUGCUGAUCUCUGACCACUGCGGGGAGUCCAAGCCCGAAGCGCUGCACAAGCUCCGGGAGGGCGGGACGGAGGAGGAGCUGUGUUGGAAAAGCGGAACAUGUGGGGGAUGGAUUACCAGGGGAGUGGCUUAGCAAGCGGGUAGAAAGCCUUUUACGAUUUUGGGCAGUGUGCCUCUGGCCGUGCCUCUGGCUGCGAGUGGGCACCGAGCACUGUUCCUUUUACUUUGUCCCUUGUUAUAGUUUAAUCAACUUCUAAAAAUUUUCAGAAGCAAGGUGUCGUCUGUCACAACAAAGAAAAAGACCACUUGAUUCGCAGGGAAAAUUAAAAAAAAAAUCAAGAUCAAUAACUCAGAGGCUGUUGAACUCUGUGGAAGCCAAAAAUGUAAAACCACUUCCAAUUGCUCUGUGACUGCACCGAGCCUUGCGAAACAGCGGGACCGGGCACGGAGAGGAUCCAGAAGCACGGGUAUGGGGAGCUCCUGGUGAUCUGGGCACUUUCUCCUUCAUGUCACUGACCUGCCAGGAGCCGCUUUAGGACAUGGAUCCCAAAGGAGCAAGAGGGACCAGGAAGUGCCGCUGAUCUGCACAGACCCCUUUGCCUGCUGCUGCCCCACAGGGAACAGGGACUGCUGAGGAACUGCAUGGUCCAUCCCUGGAUUCUCCAAGCACUGACUGCCCAUCCAGUCUGACCACAGCCAGGAGCCACAUCCCACUGCCUGCCCAGUGUCCAUCCAUGGAGGUGACCACCGUGUCCCCACAUCCUGCCUCACUCAUUGAAGGAGAUGAUCUGUGUGAGGCAGACAUCACCACCGUGGCCGUAGACUGUGUGACACUGCUCAUCUGCCUCUGUGGGCUGGCUGGGAACGGGGCUGUCAUCGGCCUCCUCAGAGUAAAAAAUGGUAACUAUCGCAUCUUCAACCUGGCUGUUGCCGACUUCCUCUUCCUUCUCUUCACAGUCCCCUCGGCCCUGCUCUUCCUGGUGGAGGACGUGUCCUGCUCUCCUAUCAUGCCCCUGAUGUACCUGAAUUUCUUUUUCCAGUUGUCAGUGGUCUCCUAUGGCCCCCAGGGCAGAAGCCCAGCGGGGAGGCCGGUUGUCCAGGAUAGCUCACGGAGGGUCCAGGAUCGCCCAGCGGGGGUUCAGGCAGCCCAGGCAGCUAUAGUGAUUUGCAGCUCAGCUCUUUAGUGAUUUCAGCUCUUUCAGCAUGCCUGGGGCCGUCACCCUGGGUAUAGCCGCAGCAGACGCAGAGAGAGAGGAGCAGCGCUGUAUGGGUUCCGCAGGGUUCUUUAUUGGGGUCCCCGCGAAGGUUCCAGGGACAGCUCUCCUCUGCCGAACCGGGCAGAGCUAGGGGUUUUUAUACCUUAUAGGGGGAUUGAAAACUGUCCAAUAGUAAGGGUCAGGGGAAAAAGUGGCCUAUGGAUCUACAGAGAGAUAACAGGGUCCGAAAGGCGGAAGAGAGGGUCUUCUAAACCCUUAGUCAUGCUGACUUGGUAUUUCCUAGCUCAGGCUUCUGUUCUCCAGGGCCUUGCAGGCCUUGUGCCUGCUACAACUCCACUUUCUGUAUUUAGAAAAAAGGCGUUCCCUAUGGUUUUUUUAAAACAGUGGACAAGGCAUGAGAACAUAAGUAACACGAUGACAAUUACAAGAAAAAUCCACAAGAUUCCCUUAACCAAAGAUGCAACCCAUCCCGUUAAUCCCCAUUGACCAAAGAGGUCAUUGACCCAGUCUGGGGUCUGUUCUACUUUUAAGUCCUUCACAAGUCCCUUCAGUUUCUGGAUGUUGGCGUGGAUGGAUUCCGAGCGUGAAGAAAGAUUGAAGCAGCACAUCCCUUCGAAGUCCUCGCAGCCAUGUCCGUGGGCAAGCAGCAGGAAGUCAAUCGCUGCUCGAUUUUGGAGUGAGGCGUGUCUUGUGGUUUCUUCUUCCUUUAAGAGAUCGCUCAGGGCAGCAGAAGUAGCGUUAGCUUGCUUACUGAGCCAGCACCCAAGGUGAUUUAUGUCACCCAGGGCCUUAGCUGCAGCUACCCAUGGUAGGAAUAUAGAGACUGCUAUCUUUUUAGGUUUGUUCCAAUUGUAUAAUUUGGGAUCGCAAUUUUCAUCAAAUGCUGUGUAGGAUCUUUUGUGGCGUUUUAACUCGCUCUCUUUUUUCCAAUUGUGCAACAAGGUGAUAUUUGGAGUAAGGGUGGAAAGUUUUCCUAGGGUACAGGGACCUCCCUGGAGUCGUGAGGGGAUUCCAGCCCAUACUCUGUCACCACAGAUGAGAAACGUUCCCUUGGGUAGAAUUUUGGGAUGGAGAGAGGACACAGAGAUCACACGAGCAGUGUAAUUACACCAAUCGUGAGGGUUGUAGGCUUUGUUAAUUGGUGAUAUGUCUUUUCGGUAUGUGUUUUUGUUCAGAUCAAUUUCAGGCAAAUUAUUCUUUGGACGUCUAAAGUAAAAUUUGACACAGAAGGUGGCCUUAGAAGACCCUAAUAGAUCCAAUUCUUGAGGUUCCUCAAGAGCAUUGGGCAGUAUUUUUGUCCACUGGUCCCAAGUUUCUACCUGGUGGGGUCUCUUACCUGUGGUGCGGAGAAGCUCUGAAUUAUAGGCUGGCCAAUCAUCGGCUACAAAAGGAAUUCCUACUAGACAUGUGGAAAGUGGGUUAUCAACGCUCCCCAUGGAUAAGCACAUGUUAUCCUGUUUUAAUGUUCUUGCUAAGGUUACCCAGACAUUAUGGCUCGGCUGUGGGCCGAUCCAACCGACGGCACAUGGCACGGUGAGGAACAUCCAGGCAGCAGUGAGGACAGCGCCAACGGAGAUAUUUUUCAUCUUUGGGCAGGAGUGGGGCUUCUGAUAGGGAAUAUAAGCUAAACUUGUUAUUUUUAUGGUAGGAGAGGAGGGUUAGGGUUCCUUUCUUGUUCCUUUCCUCUGUUCCUCCCACCUCCCCCCUUUAUUUUUUAGUUUUUUACUGUUUUUUGUUUUUGUUUUUUUCUAUGGUGCUAAGGGUGGGGGAGUGGGUAAAAGUUAGAGGCUUUUGGUAAGGGUUGAUAAAAGGGAUAAUAGGGUUUCUUAGGGUAAAAAGGGUAAUAACAUCUAAUUCAAAGAACAGUUUUGUUUUCAGGCUGUGCCUGGUCUAGGGCUUGAUGCCACAGAAUGUUGUUCAGCUUUCUGGUUUGUCUGCUGCUGUGUGAUGGGACAGUCGUCUCCUCCACCUGUGGAUGUUUGGCGACGUCUUCGUCUCCAGGCCGAGCUGGUCUGGUUUUGAGGAGGUCUUGUGUUUGACUCAGGAGGAUUCUUGUCACUGCUUGUGGAAGUGGUAUUUGCAGUGCCUAGGUAUGGUUUUAUGUUUUUCCCUGGGUACCAUCUUGGACCAGAUGGUAGCAGAACACACGCGUAUCCUCUUCCCCACGUGAUGAGUUCGAAAGGUCCAGAGACUUUAUGUGUUUCUGGGUCCUUUACCAGCACAGGUGGUUUCUCUGUGAGCUUUGCUUGGGUGGUAUUUGCAAAGUGGCGAAGUAUUGGUGGAUCAGGCUCUGAGGUUGUACAGUUCAGGAAGUUGAUGACAUAGAGAGCCUUGCAAAGUCUUUCAACUGGAGAGGUGAUUUUUGUUCCUCUCUGUUGCUGAUUGAGGACUCUUUUGAGAGUUUGGUGUGUCCUUUCCACGAUGGAUUGUCCUGUGGGGUUUGCAGGUAUACCUGUCUUGUGUUGUAUUCCCCACUCACUGAAGAACUCUUUUAACUUACGAGAGGUAUAGGCAGGUCCAUUGUCUGUUUUGAUCUCCUUUGGUACUCCCAGGGUUGCAAAUGCGAGGAGAAAAUGUUUUAUGGUGUGCUGCGCAGUUUCUCCUGUAUGUGUUGAUGCAAAUACUGCUCCUGAGAACGUAUCAACCGAUACAUGCACGUACUUUGACCUUCCAAAAGGUGCAAAGUGGGUUACAUCUGUCUGCCACAGCUGGCAGCUGUUUAAACCUCGGGGAUUGACUCCUGUCCCCAUAGAUGGUAUUUGGUAGUUUUGACAGUUUGGGCAUGUGGCAACAAUAGCUUUUGCCUGAUCUUUUGAAAGCUUGAACAUUCUGAUAAGGGCAGGCACAUUUUGAUGAAAAAAUGAGUGUGAUAACUUUGCCUGGGCAAAGAUGUUAGGGACAUUAGCAGUCUCUAUUGCCAUGGCUAAGGUGUCUGCUUUCCUGUUCCCUUCUGCAAUGAAACCUGGGAGGUCAGUGUGUGACCUCACAUGCAUUAUAUAGUAAGGUUGUUUUCUGUGGGAAAUUAAGCGUGUUAAUGUGGAAAUCAAUUGGUAUAACUUUGGAUUGGAAACCUCUUUGAGAAGAGCAUGUUCUGCUCUCAUAGCUAUGCCAGCAACAUAAGCUGAAUCUGUGACCAGAUUAAAAGGUUCGUCUUUGAAUUUCUCAAAGGCUCUGACAACAGCUGCUAACUCCGCAAUCUGUGGAGAUCCCUCCACUAUUUUUAUGUCAGAUUCCCAAUUUUGGGUUUUAGGGUCCCUCCAUGUCAUUACCGACUUGUGGGAUGACCCUGAGCCAUCUGUAAAGACGGUUAGAGCUUUGAGAGGUGUCCUACUUUGGACUAAUUUUGGGGUCAGAUGAAAUGUCACGUCACGAUUAAAAAGCUUAUGUUUUGGGAUAUGCACUGAAAUUUGGCCUGUAUAGCUAUCUAAGGCGUACUGGAGACUCUCAUUGGUCUGGAGCAAAUGCUCCAGGUCCCCAGUGGUCAUUGGCAAAUAUAUGCAUGUGAACUCACACCCUGCAAGGGAACGGAGGCGAGUUCUAGCCUUUUUUAUUAAAUGUGCCAUAAUUUCUUGGAAGGUGGUAAUGGUUUUUGUGGGUUGGUUAUUUGUAAAGAUCCACUCCAGGAUUAGUAGAGGGUCUCGAAGUUGAGUGUCCCAUUGGAAAAUCAGUCCAUAGAACCUAGGUGCUUUUCCCAGAAUGACGAACUGGAAAGGCAGGCUGGGCUCGAAGCGAUGGGCUUUGCGUGAAGACAGGGCUUCUUGGACCUUGGUGAUGGCAUCUCGGGCCUCUGGUGUUAGAGUGCAUGGAGAGUCCAGAUUCUCCUUGCCCCGAAGAAGGCUGAACAGUGGAGCGAGGUCCUCUGUUGUAAUUCCUAGCAGUGGACGUACCCAGUUGAUGGAUCCGCACAGACUGUGCAAGUCUCUCAGGGUUUUUGGGUCGUCUCGGAUGGCGAGCUGCUGGGGUACGAUGGUCCUUUCCCGGAUCUGGAGUCCAAGGUAAGUCCAUGGGUUGGUGUACUGUAUUUUGUCCUCACGGAUCUCAAAUCCUGCCUUUUCUAUGGUUUCAAUAGUCCUUUUAACCGCUUUGUCCAAGUACGUUUUUUCUGGUGCACAGACCAGGAUAUCGUCCAUAUAGUGAUGGAUGAUCGCAUUCGGGAAUAGGUUCCGAACAGGAGACAGGAUGUGAGCAACAUACCACUGGCAUAUACUUGGACUGCACUUUAGUCCUUGUGGAAGAAAACGCCAAUGAUAUCUUUUGAGUGGAGCCUCUCUGUUAAGAGAGGGAACGGAGAAAGCAAACCGUGGAGCGUCCUGGGGAUGCAGCGGGAUGCUGAAGAAACAGUCUUUAAUAUCAAUGAUAGCAAGUGUCCAGUCUCUAGGCAGCAUCGAUGGUGAGGGCAGGCCAGGCUGAAGGGGACCCAUGUCCUCGAUGACCUCGUUGAUUUUGCGAAGAUCGUGGAGGAGCCUCCACCUGUCCGUUCCAGGCUUUUGUAGUACGAAGACUGGAGAAUUCCAAGGGCUGGUGGUCUCUACGAUGUGGCCUUUGGCGAGCUGUUCAUCCACAAGGGCAUGUAGUGCGCGCAGUUUGACUUUAGAGAGGGGCCACUGCUCGAUCCAGAUCGGGUUAUGGCAUUUCCAGGUGAGACGAGGAGUGUCUGGCAGUGCGCGCUCCUCAGUGGCCCCAAUUAGAAAUCCGGACUGGGAAUACGUAGGGAGGCUCCCCACUGACAUAAAAUGUCCCGUCCAUACAAGGUGAUGGGGGCCCUUACCACAAAUGGGCGGAUGGUUGCCAACUUGCCUUCAGGCCCUUCGACGAGGAUGUUGUUCUUGCUCCGCAUGGAAACUGUAGCUCCACCGAUCCCUGUAAUCAUGCCUGCCACAGGCUGUAGCUCCCAGUGUGCUGGCCAUUCUGAGCGGGCGAUGAUGGUCACGUCUGCACCGGUGUCCAGCAUCCCUGGUAGGUGGAACUUCUCUCCUCUGCAGGUAAGACCGCACUCGAUGACAGGCUUACUCGGUCCCACAACUUGUAUCCACAUUGCUGUGGGGUUGAGAGGAAGCUGUUCCCUGUGAUUCUUAGGGAGUAGAAAGGCCUGUGCAAAUGAGGUACCCUUUGGAAGAAAAUAUGGUAAGUCUGUGCAGUACACCUGGACAAAGAUUUCUUGUCCCGGGUGCACUGUUUGUACUUCUGGAACAACAAAUAUUUCCUUUGGGCUAUGGAGAGAAUCACCUAUAAUUAGGAUGUUAGAAGGACCUCCUUUUGGCCCACGUUUGCCUGUGGGAACACGAUAAACAUUGUUAUUUUUAAAGUCAAUGGACAGUGCAGUUACCAGCUGACGGCGCGUUCCCUUUGGUAUUGCUCCGUGUGUUGGAUCCUCCUCAUGUGGUCUGGAAUCUCCUGGGAUGGUGCGUGACUGGGUCUGGAUGGCCUUUGAUUUGAUGUCCUUGCGUGGGGCCCCACCACGCUCCGAUGGAAGUUUCCCGGACGCGGCUGAUAGUACUGCUGAUUCUGGGGCCUUUGGUAGAAAUUGCGAGGGUGCCUGGGAGGUGACCUCUCUGGACAGUCCUUUAUAAAAUGUCCAAAAUCUCCGCAGUGGUAGCAGCGGACCUGAUCUUUAGAAGCUAUUACUGCAUAUGCACUAGAAACUCCUUCUGCAACACCCUUAGUAACUGCUUGGGCCACUGUGUCGUCAGUGGACAGGUGACGUGUGCAGCUUUCCAGCAUUUGCUCUAUGGUAGGUUCUGUGUCCAUGGGUAAGGCUCUCAGAAUUGUUUUACAUUUUUCAUUCGCAUUACUCAUGGCAAGUUUACACAACAGUUCUUUUCUUGCCUCUGUGCUCUCUAUCUGUUUUUCCAGAGCAUCCUUAAUUCUAUCCACAAAUUUGAUAAAGCUUUCAUCUAUUCCUUGUUUGAUAGUAGAAAAAUGUUGGGUAGGGGUAGAAUCAUCUGGGGUGAGAAGUAGGGAGGUUUUUGCUGCUAUAGCCACGUCUUGUAAUGUUGCCUUAGGUAAAGUAUCAGCUUGGUCAGAGGGUUUCUGCAAAUCCCCUUCACCAGCCAGCUGUUCGAGUGUAAAAUUUGGCUUAUCAGCAUCUGCAGCAUAGUUAUCUGAUAAUGUUUUUAAUUGCUUUUUCCAAUGCCUUUCCCAAAGCAUGUACUCGGCGGGAGAAAGGAGGCACUGGGCAAUAUUUUUAAUAUCGUGGGGUACCAGAACAUGUGCUGAGAAUGUAGCUUCUAGGAAAUUUCUAAAAAUAUGUGAACUUCUACCAUGUUCUGUGGCUGUAUUUCUUAAUUGCACAAGUUCUUUAUUUGUAAUAGGUUCCCAUGUCUUUCUAUUAGUGGCACCUCCUUUUUUCCCCUUCUUAUAUUCUACUGGAAAGGCAGUAAUUCUCUGAGCUAAUUGCCAGUCCCCUGCCUGUGUGGCUUCCAUUUUUAUUUUUGCCCAAGGAUCUACAUAUUCUAUUUCCAAAUCAGAAUCGCUGUCACUGCUGUCAUCAGAUGACGAGAAGUGAGAGCUAUCAGGCCUUGCCUUAUGUUUCUUAUGGCUGGCUGGAGCUGCAUUUGGCAGAGGUGCAUGUGGCUGGACAGGGUAUAAGGCAGCACAUGGCAGUACGUGGCUACACGUGGCACAUGGCGGGGUGGCCGUGCAAUGCGUGAUACAGCAUGCACAGGACUGGGGGGCGUGGGGAGGGGGGGCAGAACUGAGGGAAGUCUGGGGGGUCCCGACCGGGGGCUGCGGAGCGUGGGUAUGGGGUUGCGCAGCGA